AUGUCCAAAGCUACCAUCGCAGUCAUCGCAGCCGUGAGCGCUGGAACCGGCGCCGCGGCCACCAUGGCAAUGUAUGCAAUGCGAUCUGACAGCAAGAAGCAGCUACCAGACCAGACAAAGACCGUCACCGCGACCUCGACCGUCUCCUCCACGGGGCCCCCGGGACCCGUCCCGGCCUCCCAGAUCUUCGCUCCCACGACGGCAUCCUCCUCCUCCUCGGCAGCCGCCCUCAAGCCCGCCCCCGUCAACCCGGCCGGCCUCUUCGAGUACGGCUUCCCGGGCCCCGUCGCCGACGUCGCCACCCGCCAGGCCCUGGUCUCCUCGUACGACCGCCGCCUGCGCAACCCGCACUGGGUCGUCGAGCACAUCACCCCGGCCUCGCUGGCCGCCCGCGACGCGGACCGCAAGCACUCGGUCUUCCUCGAGGACGGCGCCGUGCCCGACAAGUUCCGCGCCCGGCUCAAGGACUACUUCCGCUCCGGCUACGACCGCGGCCACCAGGUGCCCGCCGCCGACGCCAAGUGGUCCCAGGCCGCCAUGGACGAGACCUUCUUCCUCAGCAACAUGUGCCCCCAGGUCGGCGAGGGCUUCAACCGCGACUACUGGGCCCACUUUGAGGACUUCUGCCGCCGCCUCACGCGCACCUACCCGAGCGUCCGCGUCGUCACGGGCCCGCUCUACCUGCCCAAGCGCGACCCGGCCGACGGCAAGUGGUACGUGAGGUACGAGAUGAUCGGCGAGCCGCCCAGCGUCGCCGUCCCCACCCACUUCUACAAGGUCAUCUUCGCCGAGGACGGCCUCGUCGGCGGCAAGGUCGCCCUGGGCGCCUUCGUCAUGCCCAACGCCCCGAUCCCCAACGAGAAGCCCCUGGCCGACUUCGAGGUCCCCGUCGAGGCCGUCGAGCGCGCCAGCGGCCUCGAGUUCGCCGCCAAGCUGCCCGUCCAGCGCCGCAAGAGGCUCUGCGCCGACACCUCGUGCGCCAUCGUCGUGCGCGACUACGCCGACAGGCAAAAGGCCUUUGCCAAGGGCGGCGCCGGCCAGGCCCAGCUGCCCGCGCCCAAGAGGUAG